AUGCUUCAUCUGAUCGCCGGACUCAUUUGCGUCUAUGGACUUACGUGUGUCAAAGUUGUUUACGGACAAACCGAGAAAGGGGAGCGUUUUCUGUGCACUGCAGUCCCCAUUGACCAGGACACAAGUUGCCCCGUGCCUGUCCCGAGCGCAUCUCUUCAGGAGGAGGAACUGAGAAACACUGUCAUGCAGCUCCGCGAGACAAUCUUGCAGCAGAAGGAGACAAUUGUCAACCAGCUGGGAACAAUUAAAGAACUGACUUCUAAACUUUCACGAUGUGAGUCUGAAUCGGAAAUAUUCCGGAAAAUGAAUAAGGACACAAUGGAUGAUGUGCCUAAAGAUCCAAAUGACACCAUUGACGUUCUUGGAAAGACCAUGCAGGGUUUAAAAGAUCGACUGGAAAAUUUAGAGCAACAGCAAAUGCGAGCCAAUGCCUCUGGUGCCUCCUUCCCUAAUGAGCUGAGAAAUCUACUGCAGCAUCGACUGGAGGACUUGGAGAACCAGCUGCUGAAGAAGGUCAAUGAGUUGGAGGAAGAAAAGUCCCAGCUUUAUAAUGAGACAGUCGCACAUCGCCAGCGCACAGAUAAUACCCUCAACUCUCUCAUGAACAGAAUCUCUGAACUAGAGAAAGGAGGAGCUGGAUUCAAAUCACCAGAGAAUUUCAAGAUUUCUCUUCCUCUUCGCACAAAUUACCUCUUUGGACAAGUAAAGAAAAGCCUGCCUGAAAUGUACGCCUUCACUAUAUGCAUGUGGCUCAAGUCAGGUUCAAGCCCUGGCAUUGGAACCCCUUUUUCUUAUGGAGUGCCUGGACAGGCAAACGAGAUCGUACUAAUCGAAUGGGGCCAUAACCCUAUAGAACUGCUCAUCAAUGACAAGGUGGCACAGUUACCUCUCUCAUUGAGCGAUGGGAGGUGGCACCAUGUCUGCAUCACUUGGACUACCAGGGAUGGGCUUUGGGAAGCCUACCAGGAUGGCCAAAGAUUGGGCUCAGGGGAAAAUCUAGCCCCUUGGCACCCUAUCAAGCCUGGAGGAGUCCUCAUCCUGGGCCAAGAGCAGGAUGUAGUAGGGGGGCGUUUCGAUGCCACCCAGGCCUUUGUGGGGGAACUGAGCCACUUUAACAUCUGGGAUCGGGUCCUGCGCUCCACGGAUAUCAUAACUAUGGCCAACUGCUCAUCCUACAUGCCUGGAAACGUGGUGUCCUGGACCGACAGUAACAUCGAAGUGUUCGGUGGAGCCUCAAAGGGGCCACUGGAGCUCUGUGAAGACCGACUAUUUGACAAUUAA